GCAGCCAAAGCACGUGCUUCAUGCCUGUAAAAUGCUCUCAUCUGUGAGCGUAAAGCUGGAGGGGCGUGGAUAAAGGCUUGUGUUACCUGCCCUAGACUUUCACCUGCGGAGAAAUGGAAAGAAUUUAACAAACCACCAGCAGCAGCAGCAGCAGCGGCAAGCCGAUGAGCCUGGAACAUAAAACCGUCUGCAUUCCACCCGAGAGAGAGGAGGAGGAACUCGACGCGCACGGCAGGUUCACCUGAAAACAUUCGACUCGCUCCUCCUUGAAAACGCAGCGUUUGUAAGCCUCAAUCUCGCUUUCAGACCCGAGAACGAGACGGCAAAGCAUCCCAGAACUUGAGCUGAACUGACUAUGGCUCUCAGGUUUCUAACUUCACAGGGAAUCAGAAAGACACGUCGAAGAGACAGAAAGAGCGUGUUUACCUGCGCAGGUGGAACGGAGUGGCCGAUGUGAGCUGGAUUUCUGCACUGAUUGGACACCAUGGUCAGACCCCUACGCUUGUGGAUCUUUAACGUGCUCCUGUGUUUCGGCAUCAUUUAUUCUCGACUCGGGGCUCUUUCCUCUGUGGUGGCCCUUGGCGCGAACAUCAUCUGCAAUAAGAUCCCUGGUCUCGCACCCCGCCAGCGCGCGAUCUGCCAGAGCCGGCCGGACGCCAUCAUCGUGAUCGGAGAGGGGGCACAGCUGGGCAUCAACGAAUGCCAGUACCAGUUCAGAUACGGCCGCUGGAACUGCUCGGCGCUGGGUGAACGCACCGUCUUCGGACAGGAGCUGCGAGUAGGCAGCAGGGAGGCGGCAUUCACCUACGCCAUCACCGCCGCUGGGGUUGCCCACGCCGUGACGGCCGCAUGCAGCCAGGGCAACAUGAGCCACUGCGGCUGCGACAGGGAGAAACAGGGCUACUACAACCAGGAGGAGGGCUGGAAAUGGGGUGGAUGCUCCGCGGACAUCAAAUACGGCAUCGAGUUCUCCCGGAAGUUCGUGGAUGCCCGGGAGAUUAAAAAAAAUGCCCGGCGGCUGAUGAACCUUCAUAACAACGAAGCUGGCCGAAAGGUUCUGGAGGAGCGGAUGAAGCUGGAAUGCAAGUGUCACGGCGUGUCGGGCUCCUGCACCACCAAGACCUGCUGGACCACGUUACCCAAGUUCCGCGAGAUCGGCUACGUCCUGAAGGACAAGUACAACAAAGCGGUGCACGUGGAGGUGGUGCGCGCCACGCGCCUGCGCCAGCCCACCUUCCUGAAGGUGAAGAAGACGAACGGCUACCAGAAGCCCUUAGAAACGGACUUAGUCUACAUCGAGCGCUCGCCCAACUACUGCGAAGAGGACGCCAAAACGGGCAGCGUGGGCACGCAGGGGCGGCUGUGCAACCGGACGUCGCCGCACACGGACGGUUGCGACCUGAUGUGCUGCGGCAGGGGCUACAACACGCACCAGUACACCAAAGUGUGGCAAUGCAACUGUAAAUUCCAGUGGUGCUGUUUUGUGAAAUGCAACACCUGUAGCGAGAGGACGGAGGUGUUUACCUGCAAAUGAACGGGACGGCUCGCCGCGGCGUGGUUUUGCACAGCAGAAUGUAUAUUUGCUUUAACCCAGAGUUAAAAUACUAAACUCUAUCGGUAGGUACGAGCCCGGAGGUACGUGCACUGACUCGCGCUAAAGGACUGCAGGAUACCGGCCGCGCGUGGACUCGGCAUCGUCUCAAAACGCCACGGAGGAACUCGUUUAAGGAGCUCAGUGCAAAUCGAGGAUGUAUAAAUGCCAACUGGAACCUGGUAGAGUAUGUUAGUUAUCCAGUCACACUGGAUCUGUCUGUUUGAACACUGAAAAUAAAUUAUUAUAUAUUAUAUGUCAUAGUCUCCUAAGGAACCGAAGCGCUAACGGGUAGAAAUGUCUUAUUUUGUACUAAGUGUAAACCCAGAGAAAGACUUUGUAGAAGCUCGUGACUGAAAACGUCUCAUAGAGGGAAGAAAAAAACGGCCCCCACCCCCGUGUUAAUGAUGUGUUGACUUCCGAAACCACUGUCAUUUUUUUAUUUUUGGUCAGCUGACGUUAUGUUAACAUCGGUUCAUCUUUGCUGUAAUCUAGCCGUAGUUCUCAGUAAGGUGUGCGACGGACGUUUGGGCCACUUUUCUUUUUCCCACUUUGCUAAACCGGUCUCUACGAUUCAAAGAUCCUUCCUCAGUUCAUGAAAUGUGGAACGAGUAUAUUUCUGGAUAUGUUACAGAGUGCUGCACUGAUAUUUUUUCUAUUCAGAUACGAUGCAAUUAAAAGUAAAAUAAAUAUCAA